GGGGUAACACCACCCACAACAGACUGGGUCCUCCCAUUCAGUCACUAGUUAAAACGCUCCAAAGGCUUGCCAACAGCCCCAUCUUAUGGAGGUUCCUUCCUCCCAGAUGGCUCUAGCUUGUGUUCAAGUUGACGUAAUACUGACCAUCGUAGUGGGGCUUUAAUUUUUAUCCUCCUUGACUUAGUGAGACUCCGAAAGCCUUUAAAAUGCCGUGGUGCCUCCUGAGCUCUAAUCCUCAGCCUGGAGUCAACAGGCGUAAGGUUACUGUGAUUUCGGCUUGAGAAAGAGGCGGAGUAUCAUGGCAUCUAUCUGGGUUGGACCUCGAGGAACCAUAAAAGAUUAUCCAGGCUUUAGCCCAGCAGUGGAUGCCGAAGCUAUCCGAAAAGCCAUCCGAGGAAUUGGAACUGACGAGAAAACCCUCAUCAGCAUUCUGACAGAGCGCUCGAAUGCGCAGCGGCAGCUGAUUGCCAAGGAGUACCAAGCAACAUAUGAACAGGAGUUGAAAGAUGACUUGAAGGGUGACCUCUCUGGCCACUUUGAGCACAUCAUGGUGGCUCUUGUGACUGCACCAGCCCUGUUUGAUGCAAAACAACUGAAGAAAUCCAUGAAGGGCACUGGGACGGAUGAAGAUACCUUGAUUGAAAUCUUAACCACCAGGACAAGCAGGCAGAUGAAGGAGAUCACGCAGGCCUAUUAUACAGUGUAUAAGAAGAGUCUCGGAGAUGACAUUAGUUCUGAGACAUCUGGUGACUUCCGGAAAGCUCUACUGACUUUGGCAGAUGGUAGAAGAGAUGAAAGUCUAAAAGUGGAUGAACAUCUGGCCAAAAAAGACGCCCAGAUCCUCUACAAUGCCGGCGAGAACAAAUGGGGCACCGAUGAAGACAAAUUCACCGAGAUCCUGUGUCUACGGAGUUUUCCGCAGCUGAAACUGACAUUCGAUGAGUACAGAAAUAUUAGCCAGAAGGACAUUGAGGACAGCAUUAAAGGAGAAUUAUCGGGGCAUUUUGAAGACCUGCUGCUGGCCAUAGUUCACUGUACGAGGAACACCCCAGCUUUUUUGGCGGGAAGACUUUAUCAAGCUUUGAAGGGUGCUGGAACGGAUGAAUUCACUCUCAACAGAAUAAUGGUUUCCAGAUCGGAGACUGACCUUCUGGACAUCCGACAUGAGUUCAAGAAAAAUUAUGGCUACUCUCUAUACUCAGCCAUUCAAUCAGAUACUUCUGGAGACUACAGAACCGUGCUCUUGAAGAUCUGUGGAGGAGAUGACUGAAGGAGACAGUCUCCAAAGGCUACUGCCCUGACGGACGGCCUCGGCAACGGCAAAGGCUCUGCUUACUGCUUUCCUACAGCAUCCCAACGUGCAAGCAAAUGCAAGACCACAACCUGUCUGCCUGAUAGGAAUCGUCGUCGUUUAGUGCAAGAGCAAAAGCCAACAUGAUUUUCUGUUAGAGCAUUUCAUUCAUAAUAUAGAGGUUUAUAAAGGAAAUUCAAUUUGCAAUUAAAGAUCUACUAAUGAUUUUCUAUUUUGCUUUGGAAGUUGGAAUUGGUGUAGUCCAAAAACAUUCGACAUAAAUCAGGAUACUAAAAAUGGUUGCCUUUGUUAAAUACAAUUUGUGCAUUUGUUUUCAGUAUCUACCAAUACUGUGUGUUGCCUGAUGCCAACAAAUAUCUUAAAAUACAUUUGUUGUAAAUGCUG